AUGUCAGCUCAAAACCCUCUUGUCCAGCAAGGCAACGCAGCAAUCAAGCUCGAGGAGUCUUCCCUUCAGCAGCAACUCCAGUCUAUUGACUGGGACUCAGAGCGCCAGCUCAUAUCCUCCCUGUCUAAACUGCAAGAACUCGAAUCCAAGAUCCAUGAACUUCGGUCUCUUCUCCCCGACCGCCUGCUGGCACCUCUGACCCCAAUUGUGAAUCCCCGCAGAUCCAGUUCAUCGAACCCUGUCCCGCAAAGUCCACAUACCCUCAAUGCUCUUCUCAGAAAAUCUGCAACGGAAGGUGUCGCCGAAGUGACAAAUUUCAAAGACCUAUGGCUGAGUCCAGACAUGCAAGCUGUCUGGUCGCGAGUAGACCAGAAAUUGAUUGAGACUAACGGCGCUUAUCCACAGCCAUCGGGGACCUGGAAUCGGGAUUACGAUGCCUUGUUGAAACAGAUGGACGAGCAAGAAGGAAAUGGCGCGCGAGUGCAGGCGCAACCAGAUAUCGAGCGGGGUCAGCAGCCAAAUUCUACUCUCCUUCCCAUCUAUGGCACAGCAGAUCCAGAACGAGAAGCGGGGUGGAAGUCGGUGGUUGAAUCAUUCCAGAAAAGACAGAUUGCAGGCUUUCGUCUUGCAAGUAGCAAGAACGAGUCUAUGAUCUAUGUCAAUCUGGGACUGGCCGGUAUUAUAUUUGAGAUUCAGGAAGUGCUCACUACCAACAACGCUGCUGCCUCUGAUACCUCUACUACUACUUCAUCAACUCCUGGUGCAGGAACAAGACAACCUCUACCAGAAUGGCACGUCUCAACGCGACAGUCGCUUGGCAAGAAUGGACCCAGCCGUCUUGAAAUGGCAAUUGUGCAACAACUCAACUCUCGGCCAAGGAAGUGGGAUUUGCACUAUCUACUGAGCCAACCAUGCAAGAAAUGUAACAAGUUGACUGACUCAUCGGCACAAUUACCCGUUAUUCGAAAACUAGCUACAACCACCGCCCCUUCUAUGAAUACGACUAGUACUAGCAAUGAAGCGGCAAUAGCCUGGGAGGCGUAUCAUGCAGAAUGUGCCUGA